UAGCUGUCACCGCAAGCCCCGCCUUCUCCUCGUAGCCCCAGGAGGAAGAUGAGUAACCCGCAGCCAGGACUGCUAAAUCAUGGCAACAUUUAUGGAACGAUUAGCCUUUCUUCAGAAAGUGCCCACUCUGAUGAAGGCUACAGCAGAUGAUGAAAACCCUUGUCCUGGCUACCUUUUCCAAGAGAUUGGAAAAAUCUCCCACGAGUCUUCAGGUUGCGGGCAGUGUUUGUUGGAGUACCUUUUAGAGAGGUUGCAAGUUGAGUCCUGCCACGUCAAACUCAAGGUACUUAAGAUCUUUGUCCAUCUGUGUGGCCAUGGUUCAAACCAUUUCCUCACAGAACUUCGAAGGAACUCCACCUUCAUCCAGCAGGCAUCAGUUUACAGUGGUCCACCUGAUCCCAUUCAUGGCACAGCAUUAUACCAGAAAGUGAGGAAUACAGCACAGGAAGUGGCCAGGUUGCUUUUCACAGAUACAAUUUCCACCAAAAGCGGCAUCUCCCUGCUCAACCUAGCCCCUCCAACAAUGGGUAUGGGCUCAGCAACUUCCCACAGGUCAGGAAUGCAGGGAUUUGGAUACAGUCCAGGGAGGCAGGGGACAGCAGGCAGUGACUCACUAUUGGAUAAGAUCCAGAAGGCUGCAGAGGUAGUAGCCAGUGCUGUCCUUCCACCAACUGAGCACCAGGGCAUCCGUCUCCAUGACAACCACUACAGGGCCGUAGUGGCGCCUUCUGCACCCAUAGAGGUGGCCGUGCCAGCGUGUGCCUAUAACCUCCCUGCUCGCAGACCAAAAGCAGUGACCCAGCGUUGCCCGGGGCAGAUAGGAGGCGGCUGGGAAGAGACCGACAGCGGCAACAGCUCCUCUCACAACUCUUCUCAGGACAUCGCAGUCAACAGCAGGGCCUCUGGGGGCAGCAAAUCAGCCGGGACGGGGAGCCAAUCGGGGGCCAGUAGAGAGAGCAGUGGGGACCUAUCAGAGCGGGUUGAAGCUUUGCAGUUGGGGGACUGCGGCCAGGAGAUGGCGCUCAUCAGCAGAUUGGCUGAAGGCUCCAGAGUUUUCCUGUCCAGAGAGGAGAGUCAGCACUUCAUCAAAGAGUGCUCCAUUCUUAACUGUGAGGUUGUGGUGGAGUUGCUCUCGAGCAAGCUUCAGGAUCCCUCAAACACUGUUAAGAUGCGGGCACUGUGUGCUCUCUCAUGCCUCAUGACCUCUGACCUCCUCUCUCUUGAACAAAUGUUUGGAGCGACUCAAAGAAGGCUUCGCCAGCUGAGUGAGGGGCCUCCAGGACCUGUGGCAAACAAAGCCACCAAGAUCUUGCGACAGUUUGAGGCUCUGAUGGGCGGACCUCUGAACGCUCCCAGGCAGGAUGCAGCAAACAGUAGCCACCAGGCAGCAACCACUCAGCCUCCUACAUCUACAUACUCAGACCAUUUACUACCAACCCACUCUGCUGGCAGUACCAACCUCAACCAUUAUCAGCCUGACAUCUCACCCAGAGGUGUCACCCAACUACCAAAUCACCCAUCUUUCCCUUCUAGUCUGGCUUUGGCCCAGAGGGACUCCUCAGGGGAGCUGAUGAAUGACGGUGAUGAGGUGAAACAGCAGCCAGAGUCAGUCAGGACUGCUGAGGUUAUGCUGGCUGUUGAGGAUCCAGAACUUAUCAGAGACAGAAGUCCCCCUACUCCUUCUGAGACCCAGAGCAAGCAGCCCUGUUCAGGCAGAUUGUCUCUGUUCAGUGGUAUGGAACUGGUGACCAAGGGGAGACUGGUGUGUGACAGAGGAAGAAGAACAUCCCAGAUGAAGACAGACACAACGGACAGUGACUUAAAGGAGAAUCCAGCUGUGCACAACUCUGACAAUCCAGUGCAUUCAACUCCCCCUGCCACCCGUGAAGACCCUCCUUCAUUUUGCAAUUCAGUUGCAUCUGAUAGCAGCCAGCCAGUAUCGGCCUUCUCAUUUCUCAAAUUUUGACCAAGCCUUUACAGCUGGAACUGUUAAACCAAUGAUGUCAUCACAUACACACACACAUAUAUAUAUAUAUAUAUCUAUUUAAUUUUAUAAACCACGAUCAGACCUGUAAGGUUAUACUGUAUAGGCGGAAGAUUCACAUUAUGUUUGGGUUGUCUGUUUGUAUCUGAUUGCAGAUUGGGUCGAGAGAAUUAAGAGAUUCAGGACUCACAACUGUAGUCCUUGAGGCCGAGGUUGCAUUUCACAAGUAUGGUCGUCUUGAAUUACAGGUUAUAACCAAUGGUUGCUUUAUCUCAGGAUUUCCUUUAGGUAACAACUAUUACGCCUCUGCAGCACGCCCUGAACCUCUGAGGGAGAAUCCCUUGUAAUUUGCACUACAGUUGCUUUUAUUAUGAACUCAUAAAACUACAAAGGAGAGUUGUCUUCCAUAUUUUUGGGUACUAAGCUAUAAUGUCAACAUAAGUGUUAUGAGUGUUAGUUUACAAAUUAUUUAUUAUGUCUACCCUGUAUUGAGUCAAACAUACCCAUGAGAAUGGUUGUAGAGUGCAUGUCUAUGAUUAAAAACCUUACGUAUGGAGAACUAAUGGGGGAAUUAAUUAAUGAGAUAGUCUGUGUGCAUAACCAAUGUGUGAAAUUGUGUUUGAUGAAUCAUGUGUAAUCAGCAUAAUGCAAAAUAUCUGCAAUUUCAUGAACAGUCGCUCAUGUCACCAAGUGAAAAGCAGAUUACCUUCACUAUCUCACCAUUGUUAUUUCAGUUACAUUCUGUACUGCGGUGUUGAGUAAUGUGGAAUGUAGUACCAACCACAUGCCGAAUGGUAUUCCAACCCCCUGGUACAUAAAAUGAACGCUAAUGUGGUUUGUUUCAGUGAAUCUAAGCCAUGCUGUUGAACAUGCUGAAGAACAAUAAAACAUGCUGUAUUUUUGUUACAGCACUAACCGCUA